AUGCCGGUCGCGGUCUGCCUUACAGCAGCUUUAUGGCUUUGGCCUGUAGCUAACAUAGCUCAUAGCUGCAGUUACACGGAGAAAAAUAUAUGUCUGCUCCUCAUUAAAAUGACAAAAUUCAGCGUUCUGCUCUGUUUUCCUCCGACUUUUCAGAACACCGUGGGCUUUUGUUGUUCGGCUGUGCAUUCUAGGCCUCUGUCAGUGCAAGUUAUAGGACUACAGUGAUGCCUGAUCCGUAUUUGAUUUGGAUCCUAAUCACCACCUGGUGACAGAACCUUGGACAUUUGAUUUGUUGCCACUUCACUGAGUGCUAUCACACCCUGCAAUGCAAGCAGCUAUGUUUUAUACAGCUCAGUAACAGAAGCAUCAGCAGGAAAUCUUCAGUGUUUCUAAUUUUCUGUUGAAGAGCUGCCAUGCUUCUAUUAGGAUGAGAAACUGAAUCAGGGAGGAGGGGAGUAAGUGGAAACCCAGUGAGACUGAAGAGGCCACCGUGUUUGUGCCAGAGGCAGAAGAGAAGAGCCUUCCUGUCUUUAGGUUGGCAGUACCCAAGGGAGUCAUUUGCUGAGGAUGACCAGCCUUUUCAGACGUAGCAGCAGCAAUGGAGGCUCCAGAAGUAGUGGAAGUAGUAGUGGGGGCAGCAGUGGGCACGGGCAGCUUAACAACAGCAGGCCCAACCGGCAGGUCCGACGCCUUGAAUUCAACCAGGCCAUGGAAGACUUUAAGACUAUGUUUCCAACUAUGGACUAUGAGGUGAUUGAGUGUGUGCUUCGUUCUAACAAUGGAGCUGUGGAUGCCACCAUCGACCAGCUGCUCCAGAUGAACAUUGAUGGAGAGGGCUCAGACGACAGCUCAGACUCUGAAGACAGCAUCCCACCAGAGGUACUGGAGCGAACACUUGAACCUGACAGCUCAGAUGAGGAACCUCCACCAGUCUAUUCUCCACCAGCAUAUGAUAUGCACAUUUAUGAUAGAAAAUAUCCAGAGGCUCCGCCAACACCCCCGCCAAGAUUUGAAGCCCCGCCACCUCCCUGUCAUCAGCAGGUCAGAAGCUAUAAAAACUGGAACCCGCCGUUGCUUGGAAACCUACCGGAUGACUUUCUGCGGAUUGCGCCACAGCAGAUAGAUGGUGUAAAGAGUUCUCAGAGCAGUCUGUCUCAGCCUUCAUCAUCAUCUUCCUCUUCAGUCUCUUCUGUAAGCCAGUGGACAGCUCAGUCUUUAGCAGCAGGAUCCACUGGAUGUUCCAGUCUGACUGCAGGAGCUGCAGAACAUGAGAAGAAGCUGAAGCAAUAUCUGGAAGAUGAACGCAUUGCCCUGUUCCUGCAGAAUGAAGAGUUCAUGAGGGAGCUUCAGCGCAACCGGGACUUCCUCAUUGCCUUAGAGAGAGAUCGCUUGAAGUAUGAGUCAAAGAAAUCAAAGUCCAAUCAUUCAUCUAGCAUGGAGAAUUCCACAGGGGAGCAUUAUUCUGCUAACUCAGUGGAUGCUGUGUCAGAUGAUGCCAUGUUCAGAGACAAACUCAAACACAUGGGCAAAUCAACAAGAAAGAAACUUUUUGAAAUUGCCAGGACUUUCUCAGAAAAAACAAAGAGAAAGAAGUCAAAAAGGAGGAUGCUCUUGAAGCACCAUUCACUGGGUGCAGCCAACUCAACAGCCAAUCUUCUUGAUGAUGUAGAAGGAAACACCGGUGAGGAAGAUGGUCAGCCUAGAAGACCAGUUACUCAGGAAGAGAACGAACAGCACAGUGAGCCAUCAUGAUCCUCCCAUGCUGCACUGUAUCGGGGUUGCCAUGGUGAGGACAGCACCAGCCAUGGGCGGUGGCCUUGCAGCUCAUCCUGUCGGCACCUCCUCCUGUUGCUGAAACACUAACAGCAGCGCGCUGAGGCCGUUCUGCUUCCAGCGAGAACAACAGACUCUUCCCACGCUCAGACUGUCUGCAAACGCAUCAUCUCUGUACGGUCAUGUCAUUUUAAAUGUUCGUCCUGACCAGAAUGUUUAGAUCUCCAUUUUUAGGCACACUAGCUGUAGUGCUGAUCUUCCGCGCGUUACAGUAAGCUGUUUUUCUGAUUGUUGUCACUCAGGCUGAGCGUUCAGAGUCCCGUCAUACGCAUUAACCACGUAGAGGGUUUGUCAUUCUUAGUACUACGUUUUCAUAAUCAAAUUGUAAUGUUUUGGGUUUUUUAUGUCGGGGUUAUUUCAUUGUAAUACUUAUGUCAGAAUCUUGCAUAUAAUAAAUUUAUCGACGCCGUCUGUGUGGCAUCAGCUUGGCUCCGGGGCUCAAUCGCUGCUGCGUUUAGGGCCAUCACGUAAAUGC